AUGUCGAGCAGUUUCCUUGUUGUGCAGCUGUACAAUUAUCUGAGAGCCUUGUCAUUGGAUGAAGAAAGGGCACUUCAUCAUUUUAAUCAAAGUUCCAGUGCCUUUUUUUUCCUCCUUCACGACACUUUUGUCCUGUCAUUGCAGGUUCCCCCACUCCAGAACUUAUGGACAAAUGACGCUGAGACGACAUUUAACUUGAAGGAUUGUGUGUGUGAAGCGUUGAAUUUUGGUGGAGAAUUCUGUAUUGCUGCAAGGCUUAGUUCAUUUCUUGCUUGUAAACCAACAGUCCGGAAAAACCGAAGAACCGUGAGCGGUCCGACCGGAGUAGAAGUGAAUCUGAAUCUGCAAUUGCCAUUUGCAAAGAUCGAGCGAGCGAGGGAUAACUACAGAUGUUCUUUUUUCGGAUGUGUGUUAGUUUAUCUUUAUCCUAUUUCUUCCUGUCUCGGUAUCGGCGGGCUCGAAUCCUUGGAAAUGGCCUCUACUACCGGCGGUGGUGCUCUGACUCCAUAUCUCUCGCACAUGAACCACGGAAGCCCUAGCUCUUCGUCUCUCUCCUUCUGUAAAUUAAACUUGUAUGCAAAUCCAGGUUCCUCCCCAAUGUCGCCAUGGGCUGGUAGUAAGAAUGGGAAGAACCCAAGAGGUUUCCAUUUAUAUGCAUUAUUUGGAGGAAAGAAGGAUAACAAUGAUAAGGGUGAUGAGAAGGCAGGAAUUCUGGGUAAUAUGCAGAACUUGUAUGAAACUGUUAAGAAAGCACAAAUGGUAGUGCAAGUGGAGGCAGUUCGUGUGCAGAAAGAACUUGCUGCGGCAGAAUUUGAUGGCUACUGUGAAGGUGAACUAAUUAAGGCAACACUUUCUGGUAACCAGCAACCUGUGCGCAUUGAGAUCACUGAGGCUGCAGUGGAACUAGGACCUGAAAAACUUUCACUUCUGGUCACUGAGGCCUACAAAGAUGCACACCAAAAGAGUGUCCAGGCCAUGAAGGAAAGAAUGGGCGACCUUGCUCAGAGUUUAGGAAUGCCACAAGGCCUUAACGAUGGAUUCAAAUGAGCGAUCAGCUUUCUCGAAAAACGUAUUUAUUUCUAUUCCGAAUUCCACUUGUCUUUUUCCUUUUCCUUUUCCACUUUUAUUAUUAGUAUUAUUUUUGUUGGACUAUUGCUUUUAUAUUCUGAGGUUUAAAAUGAUAAACUAACGAAGGGAAUUGCACA